AUGGGUUUCCCUAGUUCCUCGUCCGUCGCAAAUUAUAACUAUAGAGAGUUUUUAGCGGAUGAUAGUAAAUCCACCGAUGAGGAGGUCGAGCAAGAGGCGGUUACGAGUGCUUGUCAACUAGCGGUGCGAUAUAUGAAGCAUUGUAGCCGACCUACACGUGAAAUUAAAACAAGAGAUUAUAUUGAACGAGACGGACGUGCAGUAAACGAUCGGUUAUUGAAAGAUUAUUUCGAUGAAGUGUCAACAUAUCCGAACCCAGAAGUUUUUAGGCGUCGUUUCCGAAUGAGUAAGCGUUUGUUUCUACGCAUCGUCGAGAACUUUGAAAACAACUUCGAUUAUUUUAAACAAAAAGCCGAUGCGAAAGAGACACUUGGAUUCACCGGUAUUCAAAAGUGUACGUCGGCGCUACGAGUCCUUGCUUACGGAAACACAACCGACAUCACCGACGAGUAUUUAAAAAUGGCCGAGAAAACGACGCGAGACACCUUUGAGCAUUUUUGUCGCGGUAUUAUAAAUUUGUACGGUGCGCGUUAUCUGAGAACGCUCACAUGGUACGACCUUCAAAAGAUUUACGAGGUACAUUUUAGUAAGCAUGGUUUGUCGGGUAUGAUCGGGAACUUGGAUUGCAUGCAUUGA